CCACCCCCGCCGCCAGGGGGCGCCCGCGGGAGCGCGCGCCACGUGGCCCUUCCGGAAACGCGCUGGGCGCCGGCGUCCAGGCGAGGCCUGGAGAGGUGGGCCGAGGUUCGGGCCGCGCGGAGAGCCUAGGGCAGCGCCGGGCGUCGAGGGCGUGGGAGGCCGAGGCGGGGUGAGGCGGGCGCGGCGGGAGGCCUGGCGGGGGCGCGGGCGCGGGGCACAGAGGUGCGGCCCUGCCCUGCCCUCCCCCCAGACGCGACAUGUUGCCCUGGCCCCCUCCGUGGGGGGGCGCGGGCGAGGAGCAGGCGCCCCAGGAAGAAGGCCCCUUGGCGGGCAGUGACCCCAGCGAGGCCUGGGACUCUGGAGACGAAGCCCUGGGGGAGCCAGGAACACCCCCACCGGACAGCCCUCAGCCCCGGUCCCCAAGGCCUUCCUGGACUCGGAGAGAGCAGCUGCUGUCCCAGGCGCCCCCAGGCACGGCUGCUGAGCAGUGGCCCAGAACCCCGGGUAGGUACAGGGCCUUGCUGCCCUUCCCCCACAGGACCCUUUCAUCGACCCCUGAGCCUGUCUUAAUCUCUUCGAGUCCCCGCCCCCCAGUGCCGCUUUCCCCCCAGAUGGCCUGGGAGGUGGCCCCCUCAAGGAUGACCUUGCUAGCACCCUGGGACCUCAACUACGACUCUAAAGCAGGACCUUGGCUGGUGUGGGGGCCCAGCUCUGCAUCUGGCGUUGCCUUCUCAGGCCGGACCUUGUGUCAUCCCUCAUUCUGGCCACUGUAUGAGGCAGCCUCAGGCAGGAACCCCAGGCCCCUGGCUCCUGCAACAGGACAUCAGAAUGGAGAGCAUGCAGGGUUCCCGGUGAUGUGCUGUGAAGACGUCUUUCUUUCCGACCCUCUGCUGCCGCGAGGGCAGCGUGUUCCCCUGUACCUGUCUGAGGCCUCUCAGCAGGUGCUGGGCUCUCUGAAGCUGCUGCUCCCACCCCCUAUUAUGUCCCCCUGGGUCCUCCCCACCUCAUCCCCUGGCUGCUCCACCGCCUGGCUCAGUGGGCCUGAGCUGAUCGCCCUCACUGGCCUCCUGCAGAUGAGCCAGGGGGAGCCAAGACCCAGCUCCUCCAUCUCAGGGGCUCCCACGCCCCCUGCUGGCCCCCCUGACCCUCUCUCUGACCACCCAGGCCUCAGUGGUGGCGGGAGCUGUUCUCACUGUGCUGAUCCAUCGCUCCCAGGGACCCCAGACAGUCAUUGUCUAUAGCUCCUCUGGGGGCAGAGUGGGCCCCCUGUUCCCCCAGGCAGAUUCUUUGACAAUAAAACAGUGCUGGUUUGCAAACAGG